UACCCCCCAGAUCAGACACGUGCAGCUCUUACCAGCCGGAACACGGACAUCCCCGGUCAGCAGCUCCACACAGCCCGUCUGUAGAGAGAAAGCGGAACGUCAGCUGCGCACGCGCCCUUGACUCGGAGCCCCACUUGUCCCUAGGUGCCUGGCAUGGGACCUGGCUCCAGAAUGACUCCGAAUCAGAAUGGAUGAGUGAGUCACAGUCCCAUCCCACGUGCAAGAAGGUGCUUUCUCAGCUUCCUCGUCUCAUCUCACCUUCCCUGAAGGGCCAUGUGGCAUCAGCUCUGGGCUGGACACAGGGUGUGGAGUGGUCCACUGUCCCCCAGAGCCCACAUUAUAUUUGGUCAGACACCUGUGAAAACCAGUCACCAUGGUGCGUACUGGAAAACGCUCGGGUGAGAAAAUGGAGGCUGAGAAUGCAGAGGCUUUGCCAGACCUAUUUGGUAAGUGAAGAAGGGGAAUCUUCUCCCAGCCCCCAAAUCCAUCCUCCUUGCCCCACAUCCUCUGCUUUGGGAAAGUUGAAGGGUCUGCAUAAAAAUGCAGAGAAGACCUCUGCCAGAUCCCGGCCCCCGGGCAGCUCUUUCAAGGAGAUGCUUGUCCCUCUUCCCACCUCGCUCAACCCAGGAGAUGGGGGGUGGGAGAAGACGCAGAGGGGCAUCGCCCCGCCUCUGGCUAUGUCUCGAUUCUCCGCCCUGAGUAGAGACCUGAGGCCCAGCCUGGUCCUGAGCACCCUCAUGGUGUCUCGGGUGCAUCACGCCGUCCCUCUCCAGACACCAGGCUCUGCCUCAUAGGAGUCCCCACCUCGGUCCAGCUUACCCCGGGAGCAGCCUGUCACAUAUCAUGGGUGGCCCACAUCUUCGGUGGCCCAGAGCUGCUCUAUCUCCCCGUCCUCCCCUGCCCCUUCCCGCCCCGUGCUGCCCUCAUGCCAGCUUACCCAGUGAGCAGCUGGUCUCUCAUUUCAUCGUGACCCCUUCCUUAGUCCUUCUGUUCUGUCCAACCUAGCAACUCACAGCCUUGCUUCACUCCUGUUGUCAACUAGCCUGCAAACUGCCUUAACUCUUUUGGAGAAUGAAAGCGGUCAUAUAAAUACUUCUAUUUGGAAUACAAAAUAAAAGACAUAUUGAGAUAUCA